UAUUUAUUGUACCACUUCUUCAAGCAUUGUUAUAUCCGAAGAAAUCAAGGAAAGCAAGAAAGGUGCAGAAAGACAACCAAAGAACAAAGUUAAGAGCAUAAUUAGGAACAAGGAAUAAACAAUAUGUGUUGCUGCUGCUGUGAUGACGAUUGUGAAUGCAGGCCUUUAGGCUUCCUCUUGGGUCUGCCCUUUGCGUUUUUAUCCCUCCUUAUCUCCAUAGUCGGCAUAAUCGUCUGGAUUGUAGGGUUGGUGUUGACUUGCAUCUGCCCAUGUUGCUUAUGCGUAACAAUCAUAGUAGAGUUUGCACUAUGUUUGAUCAAGGCCCCCGUUCUGGUCAUGAAGUGGUUCACCUCUAAGAUCCCUUGUUAGAACUAUUGAAUUCUAUAUUGAUUUCAUUUAUGGUUUUUGUUAUAAGGUAGUAACCAUUGUUGAUUGUUCUUCCUUUUCGGUUCAAUCUUUGAUUAAUUAUGAAAUUUUUCAAUUUUUUUUAAUAA